AUGGCCAUUGAUAUUAAGGAUUGGAAGAGAGUAAUCCAUGGUCCCUUCCCACUUUACACGAAGGAUGCAACUAGGAGUUGGAAGCUAGUUGGAUCAGAGGGGAGCAACCGGCUGAGCAUCAAGGAGCCAUCUGCAAAUAUUCUCCUGUUGGAUUAUGUUUCUUCUGAGAAGUGGAAGGACAUCAUAGAUUUUGAUGACCACCUUGAUGACAUUAGCAAGCAAUUCUGAUGCUGUUAACAAGUGGUGGUGGUGUUGGUGGCUGCUUAUUCUUUUCCCAGUUGCUAAUGCUGAGAUUUUGGAAGACAAACUUCCCACAAACGAAGCUAACAUGUGAUAAAACAUUAUCCAUGCGAGCAUGGGGUUGUACUUUGUGGGGUGACAUGAUGUAUUAUUUAAAGGGUUGCUUUCUAUUGUUAAAUAUUGCAGUUGCUUUAGAUAGAAACUUG